UGAGUUCGAGACCUCCAACAGCUUCCCGCCAUGUUAAUCCUAUCCCGUCUUCUUCCUCCUCCUCCAUCUCCUCUCUCCAAUUUCUCUCCAAACCCUAGAAUCGCAUCCGCCGCCUCCCACCGUCUCUCGUCCCCGAGCUCCGACCUCCUCCCGCCGCGCUGCGCCGCCGAGGGCCACGCCGCCGAGCGCGGCCACGAGUUCGAGACCGGCGGCACCUUCUACCGCCGCGAGAGCGCCGUCGGCCGCGACCUCGGCGUCCUCGCCGCCUCCCUGCAGAGGCGGUCCGGCCACCAGCUCCGCGUCCUCGACGCCAUGUGCGGCUGCGGGAUCCGGUCCCUCCGGUACCUUGUCGAGGCCGGGGCCGAUUUCGUGCUGGCGAACGACGCGAACGACGAUAACCGUGGCGUGAUCGCGAGGAACCUGGCGAGGGUGAGCGGCGAGGGGAGGUGGACGGUCUCCAGCAACGAAGCGAAUCGAGUGAUGGUGGAGUGUUAUCUGAAGAGGGAUUUCUAUGACUUGGUGGACGUGGACUCCUUUGGGAGCGAGUCGUCGUACUUGAGGUCGGCGAUGAACUGCUUGAAGCUGGGAGGGUUGCUGUAUGUCACGUCGACGGAUGGCUACACCUCUGGUGGUCAUAGGCCUCACCAUUCGUUAGCUGCAUAUGGAGCAUAUGUGCGCCCUAUGCCAUAUUCAAAUGAGGUUGGUUUGCGGAUGCUUAUAGGUGGUGCAAUGCGUGAAGCUUCUGUUCUGGGAUAUCGUGUUGCUCCACUAUUUUCUUAUUAUUCAUACCAUGGACCCGUCUUCCGUGUUAUGUUGAGGUUAAACAGAGGAAAACUUCUUACUAACAGGCAUUAUGAAUUUAUCAGUUACUGCACCAAGUGUGGACAUUCCCAAUCACAUUCGUGGGAUGAACUUAGUAAAUUAAGUUGCACCUGCAAUAAGGAGGGAAGGUCGCUUGUUGUGUCCGGGCCUCUCUGGACUGGACCUCUGCACAGCACAUCCUACCUCACAGAAAUGUUAAAUAUGGCCGAGCAAUUGGGAUGGAUGGGCAAUGGCUCAGGAGCUGACCUUCAAAAACUUUUGCAGCUGAUGGUGGACGAGAGUGACCCUAAGCUACCAUUUGGUUACAUCAAAUUGGAUGAGGUCUCUUUCAGUUAUGUUCUUCACAUACAUACGUUGCCAGCCGUGCCAAAAUCAACUCCCCUCCACUUAGGACCAUGAUGAGUGCCUUGCAGAAGGAGGGAUAUGCAGUUAGUAGGUCACACAUUGCAACCAAUGCCAUUAAGACAGACUGUCCUAUGGCUACAUGCAUCAGAAUUGCCAAGGAGGUUUAGCACUGUUACCUCAUCAUGGUGCAAAGUUGCAGUGUCAUCGACGCUAAAAGUGCGCCCGUAUCGGAUGCAUCAGUGGAGGAGCAACCUGUACUUCCAGGGUAAAGCGAGUUUUUUUAUAUGAAAGCUGAAAUGUGCGUUACGAUUUGGUAAGUGCGAUUUUUUAUGCGUGCAGUUCGAAUAGGCCAUGGAAAGCAGACCCUCAAGUGCAUACCGAGCAGUCCCCUGAUCUGGCAGCUGGUAACAUUAAUUUGGAGCCAUCACACGAGAAACCCUGCCUAAAUUUUAGUGUUCACAUGAGCCUUCUCGUAUCUUUCGUAGUACCAACUUAAGAGAAAUUUAGCAGUUGAACAGUGAUAAUUUUCCAUGCCCGAUCCUUGCGUAUAGGGCGGGUUUACUGUUUUGUUCGAGUAGUUGCUAGAAAUGUGUUUGGACUGCUUCAAAUACCCGAGAGCCUUCUACCAUCACUUGUUGAGAAAUGCGUAUGAGCAAUCGAAUGUAAUGUUCCGACACCAGUUAGAAAAUGGAAAAUUUAAUGAUGGAAUCUUUAA